AUGGACCUGCGCACCACCAUUCAGUCGACUUUGUCAGCCGACGCAACCAUCCGUUCUCAAGCUGAGACGGCCUUGAAGCAAGCUGAACAGCAUCCCGGUUUCAUUGGGGCCCUCCUCGACAUCCUACAGUCAGAGCAGGACCCUCCAAUCCGCCUCUCCGUUGCCGUCUACCUCAAGAAUCGAAUAUCGCGCGGAUGGGCUACCGAACACACUCCUCACCAGCCCAUUUCCGAGCCCGAACGAAAACCCUUCAGAGACCGCUUACUGCCUGUCUUGUCCUCCUCUCCUCCGUUGAUACGAGCACAGCUCAUUCCCAUCCUCCAGACCGUCCUGCAGUACGACUUUCCUGCAAAAUGGCCCGAGCUCAUGGACAUUACUCUGCAACUGAUGAACACUCAAGAUGCCAAUCAAGUCUAUGCCGGGCUGCAGUGUCUGUUGGCUGUUUGUCGUACAUAUCGUUUUCGCGCCGGGGAAGAGAGGCAGAAUCUGGACAAAGUCGUCAAUGUGGCCUUCCCCACAUUGUUGGGCAUUGGGAACAAGUUGGUCAACGAGACCAGUCUGGAAGCGGGUGAAAUGCUAAGGAUAUGUGUCAAAUGUUACAAACACGCUGUCUACUAUGGCCUACCUGUCCCGCUCCAGUCGCACCAGGCGACCGUAGACUGGUGCACUCUCUUCUUGACCAUCAUCUCAAAGAAGCCGCCGGAGAGUGCCAUGCCCGAAGAUGCUGAUGAUCGGGAACGCAAUCAUUGGUGGAAAGCACGGAAAUGGUCCUAUGCCAACCUCAACAGGCUCUUCGUGAGGUACGGGAACCCAUCAGCUCUAUCUUCCGCCCAGGAGAAGGAAUAUGGUGGGUUCGCGAAAAACUUCAUCACGAAUUUUGCGCCCGAGAUUCUCAAGGGCUAUCUCAGUGAAAUUGAGAAAUGGGUUGGGGGCAAUUACUGGCUGAGCAAGCCUUCUCUGUCGUACACCUUGAUCUUCCUAGAAGAGUGCGUGAAGCCAAAAACGAUCUGGGACAAACUCAAGCCGCACAUGGACAGUCUCAUCAAGCAUUUGAUCUUCCCGGUCAUGUGUCUGUCCGACGAAGACUUGGAACUGUUCUCAGACAACCCAGCCGACUACUUGCACCGCAAGCUCAACUAUUACGAGGAAGUCUCCGCACCAGACAUGGCCGCGACCAAUUUCUUGAUUGCCCUGACAAAGUCGCGGAAACAACAAACUUACGUCAUCCUCUCGUACGUGAACGACGUCGUGUCGCGGUAUGAGUCUGCUCCAGACGAUCAAAAGAACCCGCGAGAGAAAGACGGUGCCCUUAGGAUGAUAGGCUCGCUUGCGUCAGUCAUAUUGGGCAAGAAGAGCCCAAUCGCUGAUCAGGUCGAAUACUUCUUCGUGCGACAUGUGUUCCCUGAGUUUAGAUCUCCACAUGGUUUCCUACGAGCCAGAGCCUGUGAGACAAUGGAGAAGUUUGAGCAGCUGGAUUUCAAGGACCAGAACAACCUCAUGAUCAUCUAUCAGAAUAUAAUGGAGUCCAUGGCUGAUCCAGAACUGCCCGUCCGGGUGGAGGCUUCGUUGGCCUUACAACCCCUAAUUCGGCACGAUGCCAUCCGCAUCACCAUGCAAUCCAACAUCCCGCAAAUCAUGCAUCAACUGCUGCAGCUGAUGAACGAAGUUGAUGUCGACUCCCUGUCAAACGUCAUGGAGGACUUUGUCGAAGUUUUCGCGGAACAGCUCACGCCCUUCGCGGUGGCUUUGAGCACGAAUCUGCGAGACACGUACCUUCGAAUCAUCCGUGAAAUUCUGGAACGGAACGAGGCUAGAGCGGCAGAAACUGGUGAUGCACACAACGACUAUCUGGACGACAAGUCCAUCGCGGCAUUAGGGGUGCUGCAGACAAUCGGCACUCUUAUUCUCACUCUCGAGGCAACACCAGAUGUUCUGCUUCUUCUCGAAUCCAUUCUGAUGCCGGUCAUUACCAUCACCCUCGAAAACAAGCUCUAUGAUCUCUACAAUGAAGUCUUCGAAAUCAUUGAUUCCUGUACCUAUGCCUCGAAACGGAUAUCGCCAACGAUGUGGCAAGCCUUUGAGCUCAUGCACAAAACGUUCAAAGACGGCGCCGAGCUGUAUCUAGAAGAUAUGCUGCCCGCCCUGGACAACUUCGUCAGUUAUGGCCAGCAAAGGUUCAUCGAACACCCGCCAUAUCUGGCUGCUGUAGCUGGCAUGGUGCGCGAUAUCUUCUCCGAUCCUAAGGUUGGAGGUGUGGACCGCAUCUGUGGCUGCAAGCUGGCUGAGGCCAUGAUGCUGAAUCUUCGAGGUGGCCCUCUUGACAGCUACAUACCGACUUUUGUGGCUUUACCCAUGGAGGUCUUGACCAGCGCUCAAGCCAAGACUGUGAUCAGAAGUUACAAACUACAUCUGGUGGAGAUGGUUAUCAAUUGUCUCUAUUACAAUCCCAUUCUGGCACUGCAGGUGCUCGAAUCACAUGGUUGGACCAACAAAUUCUUUUCAAUCUGGUUCGGCAUGAUCGACAAUUUCCGCCGCGUCCACGACAAGAAGCUUUGCCUUGCCGCCAUUUGCUCUCUGCUCACCAUCCGCGCCGACCAAGUCCCUCAUUCGGUUCAAACCGGCUGGCCUCGUCUCUUGACCGGAGCAACCUAUCUCUUCCGAACUCUUCCCGCUGCGAUCAAGCAACGGGAGGAAGCUGUCAAAGCCUCCGACGGCGUGUCUGACACGAUAUCAGACUACGGUUCGGACGACGACGCUGAAGAUUGGGCCGAUGACCCUGGUGCUGAGGGGCAAGAAUGGGGCAACGUUAGUGCCGCCUCAGUGCCGGAUACCAAAGGCGAUAUCAAGGACGAGUCGCAAGCUUAUCUGGACUUCCUUAGCGAAGAAGCCAAGAAAUUCGGCGCUCUGGCAGAUGAUGACGAUGAUAGUGUCCUUGAUGAUGACAGUCUGCUGGAGAGUCCGCUAGAUAAGUUCGAUCCGUACUCAGCGUUCAAAGAGUCGUUGGACAAACUCCAGGCAGAACAGCCUCAGCUAUAUCAAAACUUGACGGCAAUCUUGGAGCAAGCCGAUCGCGAUGUCCUGCAGAGCGUCGUCAAUCAUGCGGCCGCAACGCAGGCUGCUCAAGUUCAACAAGCCCAGGCGCAGGGAUAA